AUGGGACGUAAAAAGAUCAAGAUCCAACCUAUCAAAGAUGAACGCAAUCGCCAAGUGACAUUUUUAAAGCGUAAAUUUGGACUCAUGAAGAAGGCUUACGAACUCAGUGUUUUGUGCAACUGCGAGGUCGCGUUAAUCAUCUUCAACUCCAACAACAAACUGAUUCAAUACUCAAGCCACGACAUGGAUAAAAUGUUA